CCUCUACUCCACCCCUCCACUAUUUCUGCCAUAAACUUUCGAACUUCACAUUGCUGCCACAGACCCUCCUUUCCUCUAAAACCAGAGCACCAGGAUUGAACCCCAAUACUCUCCGUCUACAGAUUCAGCCAACCGGAUCACCUCCUCCAACAACCGGCCCUGCUUCCUCCACGCACGGCUCUCAGCUCCACCUCGCGGUCCUGCCUUCCUCUCUCCUCCGCACCUCUCCCCUCUCUCUGCACUAAUCCGUCCCACCCGUCCCGCCUCGGCAUGGAGAAGGUGCAGCACAUGACGCGGGCGGCCAUUCGGCGGGCGUCCACCAUGGAGGUCCCCCAGCAGGCCAAGCAAAACAUGCAGGAGCUCUUCGUCAACUUCUGCCUCAUCCUCAUCUGCCUGCUGCUCAUCUACAUCAUUGUCUUGCUGAUAAAAGCUCAUGUCAGUCUGUCGAUCGUGUUUAGCUCUUUCCGCGGCAUGUGAGAGACCAGCGUGAUGUAACCAGCCCGUCCUCCUUUUCACCGGCAAACGAGAAGAACAUCCACUUGGGGCCGAACACACUUGGGACACACAGCCGAACGACCCGGGAUACCUCCAUCCCAUCACUAUGGAUCUCAUCAAUAACCGAGGACUAAACCUGCUACUCAACUUCCUGCUUAUAGUAGUGGCUUUACUGCUCAUGCUUAUUCUGGUCAAGCUCAUGUGACCCGAAAAUGGGUCACGGAAACAAGAAUCAUCGGUAUAAGAGGGACGUAUAUAUAUAGGUUUCAGAGACUCCAUCUCUCUCUACCUCCAAAAUAAUUUAAGGUUGCUUACAUGACACUCUAGACUGACUUCAACUUUUUCCUCGCUUUAACUACACCAGACCAACCUGUGCGAAAUGAUUGACAGGCAGAGAAUGUUUCUGAUUGGCUAUAAUGCAUGCUUCGCUAAAUCUUAAGGGAGGAGUAAGCUAAGCGCUAAAACUGAGGCAAACGCUAAAUGAUGCUAAAAACCGAUUUCCACUGCGUCGCUCACAAGUAAAUCGAACAUUAUAAGAAAAAAACAUGACAGUAGAUCAAAAAUGAUGCUACAUUUAAAUGACAAAAAAAAAAAUACAAAGAAAAAACGGAUGUUAAAACUAGUGUGAGAGCGCCCUCUAGCGUUUGCCGCCUCCUACUGCUCAAAAACUAUUUCAUAACGAUAGGAUUUAGAUCAAAAUGGGAUAUUUUUUUGCGAACACCACAUUUGGAUUCAAGAGCAUGGUCAAUAUAGACCAAAGGAAAAUAUAGACUAACGGACACUAUAUUUAAAAUCAGUUUUUUUCCUGAAAAAAACAAAAACACUGAAUAUGCACUCCUCCUAAUUGGACGCACACAGUCUUGGUUUUAGUAAGAAUACACACUGGUUUGCUAAUUAUGUAAUCUAUGUACUCUUUGUAGAUUAUUUAUACAAUCACUGAGCUCUUGUUAAAAUCUGUGUGAAUAUAUUUAUGAAAUAAUUGUACUCAUAAAAGAGAAGGAAUUAACGUGAAGCGCGGGCACUUGAGCAAUAACACAAUGAAAGCUAGCGCCGCGAAUAAACCGCUUCCACUGAUAA